GAUGACGGUAGUCCUCAUUUGUCUGAUGACAUCUACUUUCUUGAAUCCUUUGAGUCUGGCCUCUUUGAUGGGGAUUGGGUUCGAUCUGAGGCGAAAAAGGAGGAGAACGGAGAAAUGAUGUUAAAAUAUGAAGGAGAGUGGACGAUAGAAUCACCACAGGAUCGUCGGCUGCCAAGGGAUAAUGGGCUGGUGUUGAAAUCGCCAGCGAAGUUACAUGCCAUCGCUUCUUCAAUGCGCCAAGUCUUUCACUUCAAGGAUAAGCCGCUUAUCGUGCAAUAUGAAGUCCACUUUCAGGAUGGUGUUGACUGCGGAGGAGCGUAUAUAAAACUCCUCUCUCACAGGGAUGACCUUGAUCUGACUCAAUUCCAUGAUAAGACUCCAUUUUCCAUCAUGUUUGGACCAGACAGGUGUGGUAAGGAUUAUAAAAUGCAUUUCAUCUUCCGGCACAGAAAUCCAGUUACUGGUCUCUAUGAGGAGAAACAUGCCAAGAAACCAAGUGCUGACCUGAACGAGUACUUCACUAGCCAGCAGAGCCACUUGUAUUCACUUGUUCUAUAUCCAGACAACCAUUUCAAAAUCCUCAUUGACCAAUCAGUGAUUAACGAAGGCAGCCUAUUGAAAGACAUGUCCCCACCAGUCAUUCCCCCAAAGGAGAUCGAAGACCCUGAAGAUACUAAGCCGGAGGAUUGGGACGAUCGAAUUCAGAUUCCUGAUCCAAAUACCCGCAAACCACUGGACUGGGAUGACGAUGCCCCUCGUUGGAUUCCUGAUCCUACGGCUGUGAAGCCUCUGGGCUGGUUGAAUGCAGAGGACCCAUUUAUUUCUGACCCAGAUGCAGAAAAGCCAGAAGACUGGGAUGACUCAAUGGAUGGAAACUGGGAGGCUCCUCUGAUUCCCAAUCCGGUGUGCACAGUUGCCCCCGGAUGUGGGGAGUGGACGGCACCCACAAUACUCAACCCUGCUUAUAAAGGCAAAUGGAAGCCACCCAUGAUCCCAAACCCCAACUACCAGGGUUUAUGGAAGCCUAGAAUGAUCCCAAAUCCAGACUAUUUUGAAGAUCCUCACCCAUUCCGUAUGGAUGCUAUAGGAGCUGUGGGUCUGGAACUGUGGUCAUUGACCCCUAACAUCUUUUUUGAUAAUUUAUUAGUUUGUUCUGAUGAGAAGGUGGCAGAACAAUGGACUGCUAACAUGUGGGAAAAAAAACAGCCAAGAAUUUUCUUGAAGUUGUUAGCGGCAGCAGGAAAGCGGCCAUGGCUCUGGGGACUCUAUGUGUUUACUGUGGCCUUACCAGUGGUCCUUUUCAUCAGCAUCUGCUGGCCAGACAAGCGAUUUGGUCCACCAGAUCAGGACUAUUAUUAUAAAAAGACAGAUGAUCCACAGCCAGAUGACCCUGUAGAUCCACAGAGAAACUCAAACACCCAAGCAUUCUCAAGAACAAAAGAUGGUUGUACCUGAAGAGAUCUGCAAUACCUGAUUCACUGAUCUACCACUCAGCUGAAGGGACUACAGUGCAAGAACAAGGAUUACGGAAGGGAUUUCAGGAAGUAUAUGGAAUAAUCCAUACCUGUGCAACUUUUUUGCGAUUUGUUUUUGGAAAAAAGUUAGUCAACAUCAUUGUGGACAAAUCAAUAAAACAAAAUUGUGCUCCAUAUUUGAAUUAAUACUUUAAAACUGUACUGGGAUAUUUUUGGAUGUAUACAGCUCUUUUAACAUGUACAGGACAAGGAGUCUUGUAUUAAAUACACAUUCACAAAUAUGCAUGUUUUUCCCCAAAGUCAAAAAUACAUUUGUCCAUUUUGAAAAGCGGUUUCUUUCAUUACAGGACUGCAGGUGGCCCAUGUUGUCCCAGCCGUAUCAGAAGAAAAGCAGAAACCUACGCUGGAUGUGAUGGCAGCCUGCCACAGAGCUCACUCACUCACGACAAAUGCAAACUUUAAGGAUGACGGGCGUAAUUCUGUUAAUGUAGUCAUACACAGUACACAUAAUAGGUUUGAGUUCAGACAUUUUGGCUUAUUAGGCAUUCCUUGAAUGUCAUGUCAGUCAGAUAUAUGACCGAUGCUAAUAUAUUACAGUCCUACUGGAGUGAUGUAGGGUGCUGCUUUUAUGCUACUGUAUGGAAUAAAUAAGAUUAUUAUUGAGCAUGCUA